GGGGCGGGCGGGCGGGGACAGACUGGAACCCGGCCGGCCCGCCCGCCGCCCAGAGAUCCCUGCGCCGCUAGCCGCUCACAGCCUCCGCGCCUCGCUCUGCUCCAACAUGGCGAAAAUGUCCAGCCCUACAGAGACUGAGCGGUGCAUCGAGUCUCUGAUUGCUGUUUUCCGGAGGUAUGCUGGAAAGGACAGUAACAGCUUUACGCUUUCCAAGACUGAGUUCCUAACCUUCAUGAAUACAGAACUGGCUGCCUUCACAAAGAGCCAGAAGGACCCCGGUGUCCUUGACCGCAUGAUGAAGAGAUUGGACGUGAACAGCGACGGGCAGCUAGAUUUCCAAGAAUUUCUUAAUCUUAUUGGCGGCCUGGCGGUAGCUUGCCAUGAGUCCUUUAGCCGUUGUCAGAAAUAAACCUGAGGAGCCCAUGGAGCUGGCCUCCAGACCACCCCCUUCCCUUCCAGCUUCCCAGUCAUCAUCUCCUCACAUACCCUGAGCACAGUGCAUUCCCACCCCAUACAUGCCCCUCCUGCUGGUAGUAAUAAAACAUAUUUUUUAAAACA